UUUGCUGUGCUAUUUAUGAUAAAGAAUAAUAUUUGAAAGAACUACGUUUAUUAUUUAUUAGAUAGUAUAAACUGAUUUAUACUACAUAUCGGAUUUCGGUUCUUGCUGAACAAACAGUUUUGAUAUAGUGCGAUAAUUACACAUUACAAUACGAUCAAUCGUUUAUAGCCAUGGGAAAAGGAAAGGUACUAAGUAACGACGUGCGUAAUGUGUUAUACAAAGUUUUGACUUUCUUUGAUAUGGAGAAGAAAAACAAAAAUGUUUUAUUGCCAGUAGAACGAGCCUUGGAACGUGCCGCUAUCGCUACAGGCGUGGGAGAGCGCACACUCCAACGAAUAAGAAAAGAAGCAGAGAGAAUCAAAGCAGCUGGAUUAUAUGAUGGAGAAGCAGACAUAAUUAAUUUCCCAACUCGAAAAAGAAAAAAUCCCAAAAAGAGAUUGGGUAUAGAUGAUGCUAUGAUAGAAAACAUAAGAAAUAUCAUCCACAGAUUUCAAACACAGAAUCAACCCAUAUCUUUAAAAAAAAUCCUAUUUGCUGCCAAGAAUGAGUUAAAUUUUCCAGGACAAAUGGCUACAUUGCGUAGAAUCAUGAAAGAUAAACUAGGAUGCAAAUUCAAAAAAUGUGAAAAACGUCGCUGGGAAUUGAUAAUGGAAAAGCCCCCAGAUGUUGGACAGAAUUCACAGAAUGUGCAAAUUGGCAGUAAACCGGCAGGAGAUUUUGAACACAUAGUAGUACCAGUACAGCCAGGUACCAGAGCAGUUGGAGGACCAGCGCAGCAUUCGCCGCAGUAGACACACAGUACGUUAGAAUGAUUAUGGAGUCUCCGGUCUCUUGAAUGGACGUGAAUAUUCUGGCGACGGAGCCGCCAAACAGAAGUAACACGGUGACAGCUGAUAGUUGGCCUGUGCUGCCGUUUUUGUAAUUUGUGAUUACUUGAAUUG